UGUUUGAAAAAACUUGCGGUUUUAAAUAAAUCACAAUAUAUAAUAAAUAGAAGGAGAGAAUUUAAUAUAUUAAAUGUCAUACAUCAGUGUAAAUAUGAAUCUGAUAUAGCAUUUGAAUAUACGGAGAAUGAGGAAGAAAAGAAUACCUAUGCACAGGUGUCUCAAAACUAUUUAGGAACAGUCGUUGGUGGAAAUAGAAUAUUCGUGAUACAACCAUAUAUUAAAUGGGGUGUUAAUAAAAAAAGAAAUACUACGCCUCAAUUGCAAUUAUCAGAGGCAAAAGCACUCGUCAGUAAUCUAACAAGUUGGAAUAUUGUUGGUGAAAAGCUUGUUCCUUUACUUACUUUGCAGAGAAUUAAGUUAGUUGGUUCAGGAGCUCUUGAGACAUUGAAACAUGAUGUUGAAAAAUGUUCACAUGUUACGGCCUUAUUUAUUAGUACAAAUUCAUUGAAAUUUGUACAAAUUGCUGAGUUGCAAAAGACUUUUAAUUUGCCAAUUUAUGAUCGUUAUUCUAUAGUCAUUCAUAUUUUUCGAGAACGUGCAAAAACUCCAGAAGCAAAGUUGCAAGUAGCUUUAGCUGAACUUCCAUAUGUAAAACAGAAAAUGAUUGAUUUUACUAAUUAUCGUAUUGGACGAAUAAACUAUACCGAAAAAAUGAAAAACAUGCUUCAAGCUAGAGAGAAAAAAUUAAAAAAUGCAUUGCAAAAAUUGAAAGAGCACAGACAAAGAAUAAAACAACAAAGACUCAGUUAUGGGUUUCCAACCAUUGCUAUUGUUGGCUACACAAAUGCUGGCAAAACAUCUUUGAUAAAAGCAUUAACAGAUGAUGAUUCAUUGCAACCUGUGGACAAACUAUUUGCUACUUUAGAUACAACAGUACAUCUAGGAUUACUUCCAAAUAUGUUGAAAGUAUUAUAUGUUGAUACCAUUGGCUUUAUUCAAGAUAUUCCAGAAACUUUAAUAGAGCCAUUUAUAGUAACUUUAGAGGAUGCUAUGAGUGCAGAUAUUUUAGUUCAUGUGUUUGAUGUGAGUCAUCCUGAUGUUAAAGCUCAAAUUCAACACGUUCAGAAAACAAUAGAGCCUAUGAUACAUGAAAAUAAAUUAAUAAUUAACGUCGCUAAUAAAUGUGAUAUAGUAGAAGAACAUGUGAUAAAAAAUGUCAUACCAAAGGACACGUUUGCCAUUUCUUCUGUUAAAUUAACCGGCAUUAAUUUAUUACGAUCGAGAAUAGAAGAAGAAAUUACAAAUACCACGAGCUUAUUAAAGAGACGCAUUAGGGUAAAAAGUGGAAGUAUAGAAGCGUCAUGGUUGUACAAAGAAACGACAGUUCUAAAUGCUGAACCUGAUCCUAAAAAUCCACAAUAUUUGAUAAUGGAUGUAUAUAUGACAGUACCUAUAUUUUAUAAAUUCAAACGAUUUUUAAAUCUUACUCAAUUUAAAUAAAUUUUACUCAAGUACAUUUCUUCCUUGCUUGUGUGUUAAUUGUGAUAUAUUUAACUGAUACUUGUGUAAUUUCUUUUCAUUCCAUUAGGUCCAUUCUGUUCAUUAUCUUCAUUCAACGGAAUAAAAUACAUUAUGGAACACAGAUAAAAAUUUUAAUUAGGAUAACAUUUAUUUUAACAAUGUUUCUAAUCUAAUUGAGGUAAUAUUUUUUAUCGCAAGAAAACGAAUCAAAUGAUGCUUAUUUCCUUCUGGAAAAAUUAAACGAGACUUACCAACCUCAAAGCUUUUCAGAUUGAGUCGUCUUUUUCAAGUUGAUCUUUCUCUUUUAUGAUGGCUAUUUCGUACACGUGUUGCGCACGUGUUUCUCUCACAGUCGGCACUUUUGAAUACCAGAUGUAUGAUACAUAACUCGGAAUUUCAACCAAGGCAUUCGUUACGCUCGUUAACUAGAUUAAAGCUUUAUUCUGUACAGUCGUUUAUCUUUACGGAUGUCAAAUCUAGACGUAAAAAUAAACUGAAGUAUUUAUUUUAUUCAUACAGCUCCGCAAAGGAUAGAGAAAAUAUAAUAACCUAACGUAUUUAUACAUAUAUAAAGUUAAACUCUGAUCACGAACCUGGAAAUGUUUAAAAUGAAGAUGAAUAGAGAUUUUAAUGUACAGAUUCAAAAUAAAUGUUUAAAAAUAGAAUUCCCGGACGAAAUAUAUCCGGAGGUUUGGCAUGCAAAUAUUCACACAUUAGAAUCGUGCGUUGCAUCUGAAUACAAACUGGCUUCUGACGUGACGCGUGGGUUGCAGAGGAUGCAAUUUCGUGUUAUCGAGGAGUAGAAUUCAAGCAUGGAAGAUGGUUCGUAGAAGAAGAGAGAGAUAUGAAAAUUCAGCGAAGAGUAAACGAGAUAAGGAGGUUGUUAUACAUACUCGUACAAUCUACAACUCUAACCAAACGCAGUUUGAUAUAUGAGUUUUGACAACUGACAAAGAUGACAACUAAACAGAAUACAAUUAUUUACACCAUCGUGCACAAUUGUAUUUUCAAAUUAGAUUUUUAGAUAUAUAACAUAUAUACUUUAAAUGUGAAACUUUUUAACCCAACUUCCAGCUCCAUGUACUUAAUGCACGAUAGA